CAUUAUUAAUGAGACCUCGGUGUACAAACCGACAAUUGCCCGCGCGGGAUCGGUAUUUGCGCGCGAAAACAUGCCUCGGACAAAUUGAUCAAAGAGAUUGUCCUGUGGAGGUUACGGAAAAUGAGAUCCUAACGCCUAAAAAAUGUGAACCAUUACCACAUACCGAAAAAACAGGGCGUUUGUGCACCAAUAACAUACAG